CCCGGGGGCGCCCUAGCCCGGGGCGGCCGCGAGCUGAACGGCACCGCCCGGGUCCCGGAGGCGGGGAGCCGGCGGGGACAGCCCGCGGCAGCUGUAGCGGCUGCGGCCAGCGCGACCGUCACCUACGAGACGUGCUGGGGUUACUACGACGUGAGCGGCCAGUACGACAAGGAGUUCGAGUGCAACAACAGCGAGAGUGGCUACCUGUACUGCUGCGGCACCUGCUACUACCGUUUCUGCUGCAAGAAGCGCCAUGAGAAGCUGGACCAGCGCCAGUGCACCAACUACCAGAGCCCCGUGUGGGUACAGACGCCCAGCACCAAGGUGGUGUCGCCCGGCCCCGAGAACAAGUACGACCCGGAGAAGGACAAGACCAACUUCACCGUGUACAUCACCUGUGGGGUGAUCGCCUUCGUCAUCGUGGCCGGCGUCUUUGCCAAGGUCUCCUAUGACAAGGCCCACCGUCCUCCACGGGAGAUGAACAUUCACAGGGCUCUGGCUGACAUCUUAAGACAACAGGGACCAAUCCCCAUAGCACACUGUGAAAGAGAAGCUAUCUCGGCUAUUGAUACCUCUCCCAAAGAUAACACGCCUGUCAGAUCAUCCUCCAAAAACCACUACACCCCUGUGCGUACAGCCAAGCAGACUCCGGGGCAUUAUGGGAAGGAUGCUUACCGAAGUGGAGGACCAGAUCUCCAUAACUUCAUCUCAUCUGGAUUUGUCACAUUAGGAAGAGGACACACGAAGGAGAAGCCCCGGAUGAACAACAUCCUGACAUCAGCCACCGAGCCCUACGACCUAUCCUUCUCCCGCUCUUUCCAGAACUUGGCACACCUGCCCCCAUCCUAUGAGUCUGCAGUGAAGACCAACCCUAGCAAGUACUCAUCUCUGAAGAGGCUAACCGACAAGGAGGCUGACGAGUACUACAUGAGGCGGAGGCACCUGCCGGACCUGGCGGCCCGCGGCACCCUCCCGCUCAACGUCAUUCAGAUGUCGCAGCAAAAGCCGCUGCCCCGGGAAAGACCACGCCGGCCCAUCCGGGCCAUGUCGCAGGACAGGGUCUUGUCCCCAGAGCGGGGCCUGCCGGAUGAGUUUGGCAUGCCCUAUGACCGCAUCCUGUCCGAUGAGCAGCUGCUUUCCACGGAGCGCCUGCAUUCCCAGGACCCGCUACUGUCCCCGGAGCGGACGGCCUUCCCUGAGCAGUCCCUGUCGCGGGCCAUCUCCCACACGGACGUAUUUGUGUCCACGCCCGUGCUGGACCGCUACCGCAUGACCAAGAUGCACUCCCAUCCCAGUGCCUCCAAUAACUCCUACGCCACCCUGGGCAAGAGCCAGACAGCAGCCAAGCGCCACGCUUUUGCCUCGCGCAGACACAACACGGUGGAGCAGCUGCACUAUAUCCCCGGCCACCACACCUGCUACACAGCCAGCAAGACUGAAGUGACCGUGUGA